ACUCGACUCGGUUACGGCCCAAGGCACUUAUCAUCUCUCUCUCUCUGUGUCUGUCUCUAGAUCUAGAGCGGCCUUCGUCCUAAAAAACAUAGUACUCCUACAAAAGCUUCACCGCAAAACACCAGAAACGUUACGAUCGGAAAAAGAUCAGAGUCAGCAAAAAUGUUGAGCCUCACCUCGAAGAGACUCCUAGGGUUAGGGUUCCGGGGGACCCAAACCCCUGCUGCCGCGCAACUUCUGCCGCAGAUCUACCACGAGAGGGUCGUCGACCACUACAACCACCCGCGCAACGUCGGAUCCUUCGUUAAGAGCGAUCCGACGUUUGGCACAGGGCUCGUGGGAGCCCCCGCCUGUGGCGACGUGAUGAAGCUGCAGAUCAAGACCGGUAAGAUUGCUGACGCUUGCUUCAAGACCUUCGGCUGUGGCUCCGCUAUGGCGUAUUCUUCCGCUGCUACUGAAUGGGUGAAGGGAAAGCAGAUGGAAGAAGUCCUUACCAUCAAGAACACGGAAAUUGCAAAACAUCUCUCUCCACCAGUUAAAAGGCACUGCAGCACGCUUGCUGGGGAUGCAACGAAGGCUGCUAAUAGCAUGAAUACCCUUCGCCCGUUAUCUCCUCAUCUUCCUAUUUAUCAGCCACAGCUCAGUUCGACAUUUUCCAUUUUCCAUAGAAUCACCGGAAUUUUCUUAACCACUAUAAUUUUGGUUUUUUAUCAACUUUGUCUGAAAAUGGGUUUGGUUUGCUUCACCUAUGAGACUUUCUACCAAUCCUUAUUUUUUUCAUCAAAGCUCAUCUUAAUCUCUGUCGAGAUAACUGCCUUAGCCCUGGCCUAUCAUAUCUUCCAUGGAGUUCGUCAUUUACGGACGGAUUUCUCGGGAUUUCUCUUUCUUGGAAGAAAAAGAUUCAAAUGAUGGUUCAAAAUUGCAUCUAUACCUGAUGAAGAACAAGUGGGUGAAGCAUUCAUGGAGCAAUUGGAGAGUCACAAGUCAAAGAGGAAGUCAAAGGGUAUCUUUUAAAGUUUCAAUGUUGGUAGCUGGUAUUAAGCUUGUUGAAGGGUCAUUUAGUUAAGUUCUUUGUAUUGAGUCGUAGGAGUCUUAAGAGACCUUGUGGGAAAGUCGAAAGAGUCAUGUGUUGGGAAUAAGAUUGUAAGCCCAAGUCCAAGUAGUCAUGUGUUUCUGUCUACUUUGAAGUACUUUGGAGGACCUCUCUUUGUUAAUUGAUGUAAUAAAUGUUUCCCGCUUGUUCUUGCUUCUA